AUGUCUAUUCAACACAGUUCUCAGUUGAACACUUUUUCUUCCUCUGAUUCCAUUUCCUCUCCUUCUUUAUCAACAUCAAAUAUUGCUGAUGACAAUCUGGAAAAGCUGAACGCUAAUAUUUCCACUAAUAAGGAGUUCUCUCAGGCGCAAGGCCCUACAGAUAACAUCAAAAACAUUGAAAAAAAUUCGAAUGACGAAAAUUUAAAAGAUACAACAUCUAUUACUGAGAUUAAACUGGAUGAUGGGAAAACAAAUCUAUACCCUAAUUUAUGCAAGACAAAUUUUCCAUUCAAAACAUCAGAUAGAUUAUUAGAUGAUAUUUAUUGUAGUUUAUACUUUAUAAAUAACCAGGAUACCGGUAUUUUACAGAAACCACCAAUUGCAUAUUCUCGAGAAAGAACCGAUUUACAACUCAAGGAAUACGAGCCGAACUUAUUGCAUUUAAUGGACCAGGUGACCUUGAAAACCAAAUAUGAAUAUCCCUCUAAAAGUUGUCCAAACGACGCACUAAUAACAGUUUUCAUGGCCGUUUUAUAUGAAGACGAGGACUUGUUGGAUUUAAAUACUCCAGACGAUAUAGUUGACCUUGAGAUUUACCAUGUUAAAAUUACCAUUAAAAGCAAAAAACAAAUGGAACUGAGGUAUAAUGUCGGAGUAGACACUUUUCACUUAGUAAGUUAUGAUGAGUUACAUCCAUUCGAUAAACAGGAUAUCCACAUGGAAAAUAAAGAAAAGACAGCAGAUUCUGCCAUAUAUAUAUCACCAUUGACAAAUAAAAUCAUCAUGAUUGAAAUUUUAAGACCCGAAUUUAAUGAGGAUGUUUUAUCUACAUUUCAAUUGGAUAAAAUUGAAAACAGGAUAAAAAAUUAUUACCAUCAUGGAGAAGGGGAAAAAUAUACCAAAACAGAAGAUACCACUGAUCCAGAUGGUGCCUCUAAGUCCUUUGAUUUGCUGCCCGUUCCUACUCAAGUUCAGUGCCUAAGCACAUUUUUCAAGAUUAUUAAGGGCCCAUUGGUGGAAACCACUGUGACUAAUGUAUCCAAUGUUACUAAUGAUGGUACCAUUAUUAAUGAACGAAAGUGUAUACCCUGUAACAACAAAUCCGUUAUAACUAAGAUUGAUCCUGAAUUGUUGACUAAGUAUUUGAAUUUCACGAUUGAAAGGGAAAAUGAAGAUGAAUAUUUUUUACCUCCCUUGUUAAUCAACUAUAUGGAUGAUUUGGAUACUAGGUUCUUAAGAGACAGCUUUACUAGGAAAUGUCUUGAGAUCAUUGUUAUAGGCAAUUUAUCACAGAAACAAUUUUAUUCCGCUUCUUCAAAUACUCAUUAUUUCAAGAUUUUUCAAUUAAGUAGCUCUCAGGUGGUCUGGUAUCAUUUACUGCACCAACACAUUUCCAACACAUAUUCAUUUAUCGAGCAAUUGAAAAGUCAAUUGCAGUAUAACACUGAUUAUCAUUUUAUUGAUUUGUCAUGCUAUUAUUACUACGAUAUCAAAUCUAUUAUAAAAAAUUACCAGACAUGUUGCAACUUAGACCCGGAUAAUAUGGAGAUAUAUUAUGAUGCAUUGACCUAUGUAGCCAAUUGUAAACAUAAUCAACAAUUGUUUGUAUACUGUAGUUCAUUAGAUUUAGUGGGAAAAGAGGCCUUAGAUGGCGCUUUGAUUACAUUUGGAAUAGAUCCCCAGGAGAUUGUUAAACCACAAGAAAUUACAGAUGAUGCUAUAUUACGUAUUUAUGAAAAUAUCAAGCAAUCUAUUUUCUAUAAGGGUGAUAAUGAGCACCAAGUUUCGUUAAUGGAUUUAAAAAAUGCCCUACAUAUUUUGGCCAAAUUCAAGAAAAGUUCAUUUUUGAAAUUCAUUGUAAACCAUGAACCUUAUAACAAUAUAAUUGAUGCGUAUUACGCGCUAGAUUUGGAACCCAAUAUGAAGGAUGUUGAUAUUAUUCAAACAGCAUAUCUGAUUAAAGUGUCAGAUGCACCAGGGUUGCAAUUGGAUUGUGAUAGAGCGAUAUAUUCAUUAGCUUUUUAUUUGAGAAGUUUGCCCCUUUUCAAUUUUUUAAUUGCUCAAUGUCCCGAUUUUAAUCUUUUUUAUAAUACUGAUGAAAUAAGCUAUGAUGACGCAUUAGAAAGAAUUGGUGUCAACAGUGAGGAUCCCGAUAAUGCGAUACUGGACCAUUUUUAUCGGAAAUGGAAUGGAGAUGAGAAUUUGGUUUUGCCUGCCAAUUUUAUAAAAUUAAGAAGAGAUUUAUUGAAAAUUGCUAUUCAAAGAAAAUCCAAAUUGCUUGAACAUUUCAUCGAAACCGGUAAUAUAGAUGAAAGUUUAUUACCCGCGGGGAAUUGGCCAGCAGGACUAAACAAUAUCGGUAACACCUGCUAUUUAAAUUCGUUAUUACAGUAUUAUUUUAGCAUAUCCCCAUUGAGAAACUAUACUGUUAACUACCAAAAAACGACAGAAGAUUUGUUAUCCAAUGUUACCAUUUCCAAAAGAAGAAUUGGUGGCAGAGAAGUCAGUAGACAAGAAAUGGAAAGAUCUGUACAAUUUACGUAUCAGUUGCGUAAUUUGUUUGAUGAUAUGAUUCACACACCGUACAAGUGUUGUACACCCAAAAAGGAAUUGGCAUAUCUAGCAUUUGCCCCAAGCAAUGUCUCUGUCGAAUUUGAAGAUGAAGAAGAUUGUACCACGCUUGUUGCAAAAAUUAGUCCAGAUCAAUUGGAAAAUGCUUUAGAGAUGGGCAGACAACAGGAUGUUACUGAGUGUAUCGGAAAUGUUCUUUUUCAAUUAGAAACAGCCAGUGAACCUUUAAAAUUGGAACAAGACGAUGAGCAAUAUGAUUUAAUCAAGCAACUAUUUUAUGGUAAAAGUAAACAAACAUUGGUACCAGUUUCUACAGAACUUGGUUCUGAAGAGAAUACUAAUAAUAUGGAUAAUAAACCCGUUAGUGAGAAGUUUGAAAGGUUUUUAUCUCUCUUGGUAGAUGUAAGUGACAAACCAAGAGAUAUAUAUGACGCUUUGGAUUCAUAUUUCCAAGAUGACGAACUUUUAACUAUGGAUGAAUAUGGUCAAGUUAAAAGGGUUGUAGUAAUUACAGAAUUGCCAGAUAUUUUACAAAUCCAAAUUCAAAGAGUGUAUUAUGACAGAGAACGCUUUAUGCCUUAUAAGAACAUUACUGCUGUUCCGUUCAAAGACAAGAUCUAUAUGGACAGAUAUAUGGAGCAUAAGCAAGAUGGCGAGGGUGAUAAAGACACGUUUAACAAUUUGAAAUUGCAAUAUGGCCAAUUGAAACAAAAAUUGAAAAGAUUGCAAGAAACUAAGUUAAAGUUGUGUGACACAAAUGAAGUAGGGCUAACCGUUAAAGAUGCGUUGCUAGAAACCAGUAAAUUUUUAAAAAGUGAUUUAUUAGUGGAGGAGCUAGAGAUGAACGAGGAUAACUUGGAGCACACAAUAACUACAUUAAAUGAAAUGGCUAAAACUAUGGAUUUGCAAAGUAAGAAUAUAGUUAAUGAAAUUGAGGCAUUGGAAAUGACAUUGGAUACUUUUUUUGAUGAUUCUAAUAUUAACGGGAUGGACAAUUUCCGGAAACAUGGGUAUUCGUUAUUUGCUGUGUUUAUUCAUAGAGGAGAGGCUAGUUAUGGUCAUUAUUGGGUAUAUAUUAAAGAAAAAAAGAGUUCUGAUACUAGGGCCAUAUGGAGAAAAUAUAACGAUGAAAAUGUUACUGAAGUUGAUGAAUCUGAGGUCUUUAAUUUUACUCAGGGCAACACUGCUACACCUUAUUUUCUGGUAUAUGUCAAAGAAGAUCUUGAAUUAGAAAUAGAACCGUUGAAAAGGAUUAUAAAUUUACAAGAGUGA